ACGGGGUGCCCGAGGCUGAGAAGAACUCGGAGCCGGAGAACACCUAUAUUCUGCGGCCUGUUUUCCAGCAGAGGCGGGUAGAGGACGGGCUGUGGCGGGGCGACCUCGAGCGCGCUGGUCUGAGGGGCGGAGCUCGCCUGGGACCUGGGCCACGGAAGGAGCGCGGGGGACGCGCGGGGUCUGCGGGGCGGGGGGCGCGAGGCGAGAGGGCGGCCCGGCUCUGACGUCCGGACGGCCCGACGACCCUCCCGCCACAGAGCCGCAGGGGACCCCACCCGCGGCCACAGUGUUGGGGCGCCGGGCGCGUCUUAGGGUGGCGCCGCGGGAAUGGUUGGCCCUGGGAAACCCAGGAUGGCGUCCUGAGUAAGGAGAUGGGUGGAAUAGAGGCAGGAGGCCAUCGCGUGGGAUGCCUUUCAGCCGUGAUUCGAGGGUUACCGUGUGCGCACGGGUGCCAGGAUGGGCUCCCUCCCGGCGCGGGAGCUGCAUGUGAGCAAAGUCCUACCAGGCGGGAUCCGGAGGCCCUUAGACCACCGCACCGAGACCUUCCCGUGGUUAAGGCUCACGGGCCAGAGCAGAGGGCACUCAGCUGGGUUCAGGCCCUCUGUGGUGAAAGACUGUAUCCAUGCUGUGCUCAAGGAGGAACUGGCAAAUGCGGAAUAUUCUCCAGAAGAAAUGCCUCAGCUCACAAAACAUUUAUCAGAAAACAUUAAAGAUAAAUUAAAAGAAAUGGGAUUUGACCGAUACAAAAUGGUGGUGCAAGUAGUGAUUGGAGAACAAAGAGGUGAAGGAGUAUUAAAGGAUUUAACUCUUCUGCUGUGUGGGAAGAGUAUUGGCUGCUUACCUUCAGGUACUGAGCUGAAUUGAGGUUGGGUUAUAGUUUGAUCUUUUUUAAAAAUUUUAUUUUCUUGUGUCAGCUCAUCUGAGAGUUGCAGUUUUAAAAAGGCCCUAUCUUAAAUUCAUCAUUUUUUUUGUUUUUUUUUCUUUCUUGAUACAGAGUCUCAACUCUGUUGCUCAGGCUGGAGUGC